GCUUUUAACACCCAAGCCCUCACUGUGUGUGAAACCAGAGAACCGGGUGGGAGGAAGGAAAGCGGCUGCUCAGCUACCUGGGCUGGUUGGUACCCCCGGCUACUGGCGUGAUUAGCAACCGUUGCCGCUGACAGUUACCUGAGGAAGUACACAGCCAACGGUUACGUGCAACUCGCGAGCUCCAUCUUUGAAUUAAACCCAGAGGUCUGGAGGAAUGAGAGUGGGGGAGUGAAGGAGGCAGGUGUCCCAGAAGAACGUUGGCAGACAAGUUGGAGGCCAGGCAAGGAUGCUGGAGGCCGAUGCAGAUGCAGCAGGUGCAGCAGCAGAGAGAGAAGGGGAGGUGGAGAUGGGGAGCGGAGACUUGAAGGCUGAGGUGGUGCGGCUGACUCUGGAGCUCCAGGAGGCCACAGAGGAGAAGCUACAGGCAGCCCGCUAUGGCCUGGUGGUGCUGGAGGAAAGCGCUGCCCUCAAGAUGAAACACAGGCAGCUGGAAGAGGAGCAUGAGGCCCUCAAAGGGGAGCUGCAGCAGCUCAAAGAGGCAUUUGCAGAUUCUGUGAGCAGCCAAAAGCGUGCAGCUGCUGAUGGAGAGUGCCGGGAGGAGAACCUACUGCAAGAGACCGCCACGAAGGAGGCUGCCAUGGCAACCCGCAUGGAAGAACUCCAGGCAGAGCUCAAGCAAGCACGCCUUGCUCUGAGCAAUGCCCAUGCAGAGAUUGAUAGGCUGGGGGUUGUCUCAGGCCAGCUAAAAAAGGAGUGUGAGUGUCUGGAGGCAGAGAAGGGCCAUCAGAGGGAUGAGAUGAAGGAAUAUAAAGUACGUGAACUGCGCCAGUUGCAGGACAACAGCGAACUAGAAGAGGAGAACAUAUCUCUGCAAAAACAGGUGUCUGUGCUCAAGGAAAACCAGGUCGAGUUUGAAUCGAUAAAGCUGGAGCUGACCCAGAAGAAUGAGGAGCAGGAUGAGUUACGAGCUCAGAUGGAGGAGGCAGCAAGGCUGAGGGAGAUAGCAGAGAGGCAGCUGGAUGAGGCCCUGGAAGCCUUGAAGGAGGAGAGGGAGCAGAAGAACUGUCUGCGGCGGGAGCUCUCCGCCCUGACCCUUAACCCCUUUGAUUCUGUGGGGAACCUGGAGCUCCACUUGGAGCAGCUGGAUGACAGCCAGGAGGAGGGCCAGGGGGGAGAGGGAGAAGGGGAGGGAGAGGAUCAGGACAGCGGCAUUAAUAACGGUCCUGGGUCUGCUCCCGGUUCUGCUCACCCUCCUCACUUGGGGGGCUCAAAAAGUAACGGCCUCAUCCAUCGCUACUCCACUCCACGCAACAGUGACGUCUUCCUGCGUGCGCCAGCGUCUGGGCUGGUGUCGGACCUGCUGAGUGAGCUGCACUUUUCAGACAGUCAGAAACUAAAACAGCAGCUCCUACAGGCAGAGCGAGAGAAGUCCGGUCUGGCUAGCAAAGUGGAGGAACUCCAGAUGCAGCUGGUAGUGACCAAACAGGCACUCAGUCAGCAAGAGGACAAGGUCGGAUCUCUCACCCAACAGCUGGAUGCUGUGCAUAACAGCCAGCAGCACAACCAGGACGCAGACGACAGGGGAAAUGAUGAGACAGAUAAUGGCAACGGUGGCAAUGCGGUCUUCGACUAUGAAGUAGACACCAAGAGCAAGGAGGUGCUGGAGGCGCGCAUGCGGUCAGCAAGUGAAGAGCUUCUGAAGUUGAGAGAUGAACUGUCUCAGGCAGGCGCUCGAUACAACACCCUGGAGCAGAGAUACAAGCAGGAGAAGGACCGUUGGAGGGCAGAGGCCCAGGAGCUGGCCGACAAGAUCCGUCAGUGCAUCAAGUCCAGCAAGCAGGACCAGGAGCGCAUCAGUGAGCUGGAGAAGGAGAUCGGAGCCACACGGAAAGUGGCGAUUGAUUCAGAAGGGCACUUGAGCGUCGCCCAGGAGGAGCUGCUGGCGUUCUCUGAGGAGCUCUCCAACCUCUAUCACCACAUCUGCGUGUGCAACAACCUAACGCCCAAACGAGUCACCCUGGACUAUUACCGCGAUGGUGCCAGGUCAAGUGGUGCAGGAGGUAGUGCACGAAGAUCACACUACGUUUACCCCCAGCACAACUCCCAGAAGAAGCCACGAGCCAAUGACAUGUUCAUCUCCAAAGCUUCAGCACUGCAGUUCAUGGGGGAGGUGGACAGUGCAGGAACAAGCACUGAAUCUCCCACCUGCCCUGGAUCCCCUACCCUGGAUUUCAGGGACCCUUCAAACGUCCGCAACUUGGUAGCAGUCAUCCGUUGCCAGAUCAAACACCUGCGGGUGGCAGUGGACCUCUGUCGUCAGAGGGGUGCGAUGCCUUACUCAGGGUUCAGCAGCAGCGGAGAGGCAGAGCGGGAUGCUGAGAGCCUCAUGGAAGAAGUCCUCAAACUCAAGUCCCUUCUCAGCACCAAGAGAGAGCAGAUUGCCACGCUCAGGACUGUCCUCAAGGCGAACAAACAGACUGCAGAGUUGGCUCUGUCCAAUUUGAAAACCAAGUAUGAGACAGAGAAGAGCAUGGUGUCAGAGACCAUGAUGAAACUACGGAACGAGCUCAAAGCCUUGAAGGAGGACGCUGCCACCUUCUCUUCACUGCGAGUCAUGUUUGCCAGCCGGUGUGACCAGUAUGUCACCCAGCUGGACGAGAUGCAGAGGCAGCUGGCAGCAGCCGAGGAUGAGAAGAAGACUCUGAACUCUCUGCUGCGUAUGGCCAUACAGCAGAAGCUGGCUCUCACUCAGCGUUUGGAGGACCUGGAGGCCCCUCUGUCUCCCCACAGCCUGAACAGCAGCCCCCGACGCUCCCGGGCCAAAGAGCUGGCCACCAAGUCAGGCCGGGCCCCACGGAGCCCUCGAAGCAGUCCAGCGCGCCCUCCACUGAGAAGCAGUCCACGGGCCAGCCCUGUUCUCGGUGGCAGCGUGUCUGCAAUGGCCACGCACCACCUGCGAAGCUUAACCCGAAGCCUCCACACAAGCCCUCGCUGAAACACUCCUUCCAUUACUCCAAACCCCCUCUUCUCCAUAAGGACCUGUCUUCAUGUUGACUCCCCGGCUCCCUCCUCCUUUCCUGAUUCAAGACAUCCUGUCCAUCCCAGAUAUGAUGCAACAUUCCCCCCAGUCUACCCACCAGAACCAUGGAUUUUUUUUUUUUUAAAAAAAGAAUCUCUCAUCCCGUCCUCUUGGUUUUCUCUGUUGGAGCGGAGAAACCUGCAUGCAGCCUGGAGAAGGAUGAAGAGACAAAUGUGCUGCUCAUUGCUCUGUGAAGUCAUUGACUGUCUUGUCCCGAGUGGAUCCAACUCCCAUCUGGUCUUGUUCAAGGCUGCUGUGUGUUGUGGUGAACCAUUGACAGUAUUUAUCCCAGAACGAGAGACCUUUUGGUGUGCAGUAUUUACUGUCCUCAGACUCUGAUUCAAGGCUAUGAUCUGUUUUAAGGCUUUACGUCUUUACACUCUUGCCUUUAGUCUGGCUUUCUGGUCAGGCCUGUCUGGCGUCUUUUAGUGUCUGUAAGCCAUUAGAUCAUCUGUGAUAGCCCUCCCAGGUAGAUGUUUUUGUAGAACAGUGCAGCCUUAACAUAAUUGCUAUCCCACAAGUAGAGAGCCUGCUACCGUCUUGAGGUUUCCCCCAUUUCCACUGGUGGUAUUGUUACAUUUUUUUAUCCUGUUACAUCUCUGGCUCUUCGGCUUUUGCCCAUCAGCCACGCCCUUUAACUAGCGGUCAGUAAACAUUUCAUUGAUGGAAACAGAUCAGCCAUAAGUCCACCACCUCAGGUCAAAAAGAGUAAUCAGAGACAUGAUUUGGGAGAUCUUUAAUGCGUAUCUUACUUUGCAAACUAUGCAGACCAAGUCAGGACAGUGCCUGUAUACUUCCUGCUGUUCUUUAGGGUCAGGGUGGGUUUUAAAACUUGCCUUUCUUUUAGUAUACAGUGGCUGACUGCAGCUGCUUUAGCAUUUCUCUUAAUAAGCAGCUUUUGGACGUCAUCUGGAGGUGCCAAGGGGCACAAAUGCAAGCAUCCCAUUGGCUGAUAAUGUAAUUUCCUGCCUGUUUGGCUGUGGGUUUUAAAAGACUCAAGUGGCUUGGUUUACCUAAAACGAAUCGUAACAUAUUGGGCCAUGCACAUUUCUCUUGAUUACGUAAUCAUUAUAACAGUUCCCAUUCAGCUUCUGCUUUUUCUCACUUUGAACAGCAAAGCAACGAAACUCAUGUUUUCUACUCCAUCAUGUCACCAUGCUUCUGUCUGCUACCAAAAUAGGCAUGUUGUAAUGAACUAGUAUUACCCACGACAGGCUAGUUUUCUUCUCCUGUGGCUACGGCAUCCAUUGUUUUCAUUUAGGAAUGCUAAUAGUGCAGUGUGUAGCAGGCUGCUGUUAGAGUCGCUGCUUGUAGAAAAAUUAAAUAAUACUGUCCCAUAAUUUUAAAAGCACUUCUCAGUGCUUAAUAUCUAGUGGUACAUUAUGACUAAAAACAAAGUAUGAAAACAAUAGGGCUCCAGCAGCAAGUGUUGCUGGGACCCCCUAAUAAAUUUUACUGAACAAAAAUAUUUCAGAGAGAUCUAACUCCAACCUGGCAUUGUUUUGCAAGGCAGAGCUCCUCAACCAGGGGCUCUUUUCUUGCUGCUUGUAGAGUAGUUUGAUGCCAGGGCUGUGAUUUGAGGACAGUGGCACAUACGUUAAAACUAAACACCUGUCUCAUUGAAUGCAGUCUAAACUCAAACUGAAUCCACCCGAUGAGACCAAUCAUGAUCUUUAAGACCACAUUUGGAAAAAGGAUGUUUAAGAAAAGAGAACUGAACGUAAGAAAAUGUUGACAUCCAUUUUUUUGUAAGCUCACCUGUCCCGUGGUUCAUAGAAAAAAGGCCACAUCCUGCUGAUUUGUUUAUUUUUAGUGCCUUGGUUUUUGAACUUGUCUGUUGUUUUUAGACUACAUCACAUUUUCUGAAACAGAGGCUACUAUUCAACACUGUAGUUGUGAUCUUUUUCGACCAGUAUGUUUUAUUUACUCUUGAGGAAACUCAACGAGCAGUGUUCACACUGAAUAAAGCGAUAUCUUAUUUUGUUGAAAUGUUUUCAUUUUUUAGCUGGCAUGAACCUAUUAGUAAAACUAAUGGAUAAUAAAUGAAGGAAAUCAAGUUGAUAAUGUAUCAAAAACACUGCCUUGCUAAAAAGUGGAAAUGCUUUAACAUUGUGUCCUGUUGCUUCGAAGUUUGUAAAUGGAUUUCUUAAUCUAUUUAAUUCACUCCACAGAUGUGUGUAUAAUUUAAUUACCAUUGUUGUAUAAUAUUUUAACUGUAUUUAUGUGGUCUGCGUUCUGUGUAAAUUGUUCUAUAGGACGACAUGCACACACUCCGCAUAACACAUCUGAUGGUCCUCAACUUUUUAUGUGUAUGCAGUUUCCUUUCAUUGACCUGUGAACCACUUUUGUCAUGAAGAAUAAAAAACAAGCCAACACUGUA